GCCAGUUAGAAGGCUCAGGGAAAGAGGGACCGCCAAACUCCUCCUCAGCGUCUCCUCUCCACCCCCUUUUGGCUCCUGCCCUUGGAGAAAGUGGAGUGUGGCUCUUGGUUAUCAUUAUUUCUUCGGACUGCUUCGUGGUGCACGGAUUCAGCUGCUUCCCAGUGGGGUUUUCCGCUGUUGGCGCUUCUCUCUGUGUGGUUCCUGCCGGCACACCUCUGUCGACGAUGAGGAAAGGUCUACGGGCGACAGCGGCCCGCUGCGGACUGGGACUGGGAUACGUGCUGCAAAUGCUCGUGCUACCUGCCCUGGCCCUGCUCAGUGCCAGCGGUACCGGCUCGGCCGCUCAAGACGAUGACUUUUUUCAUGAACUCCCAGAAACCUUUCCAUCCGAUCCACCUGAACCUCUACCACAUUUUCUUAUUGAGCCUGAAGAAGCUUAUAUUGUGAAGAAUAAACCUGUGAACUUGUAUUGUAAAGCCAGCCCCGCCACCCAGAUCUACUUCAAGUGCAAUAGUGAAUGGGUUCAUCAGAAGGACCACAUAGUAGAUGAGAGAGUAGACGAAACCUCUGGUCUCAUUGUCCGGGAAGUGAGCAUUGAGAUUUCGCGCCAGCAAGUCGAAGAACUCUUUGGGCCUGAAGAUUACUGGUGCCAGUGUGUGGCCUGGAGCUCAGCAGGCACCACAAAGAGCAGGAAGGCCUAUGUGCGCAUCGCAUAUCUACGGAAGACAUUUGAGCAGGAACCCCUGGGAAAGGAAGUAUCUUUGGAACAGGAAGUCUUGCUCCAGUGUCGACCACCUGAAGGGAUCCCAGUGGCUGAGGUGGAAUGGUUGAAAAAUGAAGACAUAAUUGAUCCCGUUGAAGAUCGGAAUUUUUAUAUUACCAUUGAUCACAACCUCAUCAUAAAGCAGGCCCGCCUCUCAGAUACUGCAAACUAUACUUGUGUUGCCAAAAACAUUGUUGCCAAGAGGAAAAGCACGACUGCAACUGUCAUAGUCUACGUCAAUGGUGGCUGGUCCACCUGGACAGAGUGGUCUGUGUGUAAUAGCCGCUGUGGACGAGGAUAUCAGAAACGCACAAGGACCUGCACCAACCCAGCACCACUCAAUGGUGGUGCCUUCUGUGAAGGGCAGAGUGUGCAGAAAAUAGCAUGUACCACCUUAUGCCCAGUGGAUGGCAGGUGGACUUCAUGGAGCAAGUGGUCUACUUGUGGGACCGAGUGCACACACUGGCGCAGGAGGGAGUGCACGGCGCCCGCCCCCAAGAACGGAGGCAAGGACUGUGAUGGCCUCGUCUUGCAAUCCAAGAACUGCACUGAUGGGCUUUGCAUGCAGACUGCUCCUGACUCAGAUGAUGUCGCUCUGUAUGUUGGCAUUGUGAUAGCUGUGAUAGUUUGCCUGGCCAUUUCUGUAGUGGUGGCCCUAUUUGUGUAUCGCAAGAACCAUCGCGACUUUGAGUCUGAUAUCAUUGACUCCUCGGCACUCAAUGGAGGCUUUCAGCCUGUGAACAUCAAGGCAGCGAGACAAGAUCUCCUGGUGGUACCCCCAGACCUCACAUCAGCUGCAGCCAUGUACAGAGGACCCGUCUAUGCUUUGCAUGAUGUCUCAGACAAAAUCCCAAUGACUAACUCUCCAAUUCUGGAUCCACUGCCCAACCUGAAAAUCAAAGUCUACAACACCUCAGGUGCAGUCACCCCCCAAGAUGACCUCUCUGAGUUUGCAUCAAAGCUGUCUCCUCAGAUGACCCAAUCCUUGUUGGAGAACGAGGCCCUCAAUGUGAAGAAUCAGAGUCUAGCAAGGCAGACUGACCCAUCCUGUACGGCGUUUGGCACCUUCAACUCUCUGGGGGGUCACCUUAUUGUUCCCAAUUCAGGAGUAAGCUUGCUGAUUCCCGCUGGGGCCAUUCCCCAAGGGAGAGUCUACGAAAUGUAUGUGACUGUACACAGGAAAGAAAAUAUGAGACCAGCCAUGGAAGACAGCCAGACACUCUUGACCCCUGUGGUGAGCUGUGGGCCUCCAGGAGCCCUGCUGACCCGCCCCGUCAUUCUCACUAUGCAUCACUGCGCAGACCCCAAUACCGAGGACUGGAAGAUACAGCUCAAGAACCAGGCAGCACAGGGACAGUGGGAGGAUGUGGUGGUGGUUGGGGAGGAAAACUUCACCACCCCUUGCUACAUUCAGCUGGAUGCAAAGGCUUGCCACCUCCUCACAGAGAACCUCAGCACCUAUGCCCUGGUCGGGCAGUCCACCACCAAAGCUGCCGCGAAGCGCCUGAAGCUGGCUAUCUUCGGGCCACUUUGCUGCUCCUCUCUGGAGUACAGUGUUCGAGUCUACUGUCUGGACGACACCCAGGACGCCCUGAAGGAAGUAAUGCAGCUUGAGAGACAGAUGGGAGGACAGCUCCUAGAAGAACCUAAGGCUCUUCAUUUUAAAGGCAGCACCCACAACCUGCGCCUGUCGAUUCACGAUAUCACCCAUUCCCUCUGGAAAAGUAAAUUGCUGGCGAAAUAUCAGGAGAUUCCAUUUUAUCAUAUCUGGAGUGGGUCUCAAAGAAACCUCCACUGCACAUUCACCCUGGAAAGAUUUAGCCUGAACACAGUGGAGCUGGUUUGCAAACUCUGCGUGCGACAGGUGGAAGGAGAAGGGCAGAUCUUCCAGCUCAACUGCACCGUGUCAGAGGAACCCACUGGCAUCGAUCUGCCUCUGCUGGACCCGGCGAACACCAUCACCACCAUGACGGGCCCCAGUGCUUUCAGCAUCCCUCCCCCUAUCCGGCAGAAGCUCUGUAGCAGCCUGGACGCCCCACAGACCAGAGGGCAUGACUGGAGGAUGCUGGCCCAUAAGCUGAACCUGGACAGGUACUUGAAUUACUUUGCCACCAAAUCCAGUCCGACUGGCGUAAUCCUGGAUCUCUGGGAAGCACAGAACUUCCCAGACGGCAACUUGAGCAUGCUGGCGGCUGUCCUGGAAGAAAUGGGAAGGCAUGAAACCGUAGUGUCUUUAGCAGCAGAAGGGCAGUAUUGA